CUUCCCCACUGAGUUUUUUUUUCCGGCAACUUCCACAGCGCCGUUUCCACUAUCCUAAAUCGAUCUAUCUGCGUAUCGCCGUCGAGAUCUCAGCAGUAGUCAGAUCGGAAUUAGAAAGAACAGAGCGCCAUCGAUUCUCAAUCGAUCGAGAGAGAAUCAUCGCUGCCCUAAUUUGACUAAUCCUGUAGCAUCGAUCCCGGCGGCAUCCCGCCAUGGACACAGGAAUCGACCACUACAAGGUCUUGGGGCUGCGGUCGUGGGAGGAAGGCCUCAAACUCUCGCGGAAGGACAUCGCCAGAGCAUUCAAACUCAGGGCGCUGAAAUUGCAUCCCGACAAGAGGCCCGACGAUCCGAACGCGAAGCAGAAGUUUCAGAAGCUGAGCGAUUCGUACGAAGUUCUCAAGGACGAAAAUCUUCGCAGGAGGUUCGACGAUCUCGUCCGGAUCAAGAUUGCGAACCGGCGGGAAGCGGCACGCCGGCGGCGUGCUCGAAAUAUGGCGGCGGCGGCCUCUGACGCGAAGAAGAAUGGCGGCGCUCCUCCUCCGGCAGGUUCCCAGAGGGAAAAAGCAGCAGGAGAAGGGGGAGCUAGUAUCAGUAGCUUGUUGGAGGAAGCGUACAAGGUUGUUCUCAGAGAUAGUAGCAACUGCCCCUGUUGUGCUGACAGAAGGAGACGAGCUGAAGAAGAGAGAGAGUGGGAUUUCGUGUACUAGUAGAUUAGUAGUAGUACAAAAAGUUUGGGAUUUUUUGUUGAUAGUUUCAAAACCAUGUAUUUGGGAGACUAAUAAUAUAGUUGAACUAAUUUUUGGUUAUGUUACAAGCAAGAUAUGUAUUCACUAUUUGAUCAUUAUUCGCUUCUAUGCGGUUAUACGUAAUGUCGUAAACGCUUGUUGUCAUUUGAUUUGUGCGGAUUUACUUUCGGAUGACAUUUUCGUAAUUUUUGGGCAUUUUUUUCGAGAGGACAUUUUUCUUGGAUUUUGAAGGCUAAAGAUCACAGAAGCGGCACGGGGCUAUUCUUCACCGAUGAUUAAGUCCAUCAAACACCGAUUUGGACAGAUUUUUUCCGGGCCCAUUUUUGGCAGAUUCCAAAGGGAUAUUAUCACAGAUUUCGAGUGAUUUUUGUGAAAUGUCAUUUUCUUCCGAUUUUCAAGGCCAGAGAUCACGGAUUCGGCCCAAGGUUGUUCUCUACCGAUGAUGAAGUCUAUUGAUCCUAUUCUCCACCGAUGUUUAAGCCUGUUAGGUACCGAUUUGAGUGGAUUUAUUUUCGGAUGACAUUUUCGUAAUUUUUGGGUAAUUUUUUUCGAAAUACCAUUUUUCUUGGAUUUUGAAGGCUACAGAUCACGGAAUCGCCCUAGGGCUAUUCUUCACCGAUGAUUUAGUCCAUCAAGCAACGAUUUGGGUGGAUUUCUUCCGGGGCAAUUUUCGGCAGAUUCCAAAGGGGUACCAUCACAGAUUUCAGGUGAUUUUUCUGAAAUGUCAUUUUCUUCCAAUUUUGAAGACUAGAGAUCACAGAUUCGGCCCAAGGUUGUUCUCCACCGAUGAUGAAGUCUAUUGAUCCUAUUAUCAACCGAUGCUUAAUCCUGUUAGGCACCAAUUUGGGCGGAUUUAUUUUCGGAUGAUAUUUUCGUAAUUUUUUGGCGAUUUUUUUCGAAAGGCCAUUUUCUUGGAUUUCGAAGGCUACAGAUCACGGAAUCGCCCUGAGGCUAUUUUUCACCGAUAAUUAAGUCCAUCAAGCACUGAUUUGGGCAGAUUUCUUCCGGGCCAUUUUUGGCAGAUUACAAAGAGGUACCAUCACAGAUUUCGGGUGAUUUUUCCGAAAUGUCAUUUUCUUCCGAUUUUGAAGGCUAGAGAUCACGGAUUCGGCCCAAGGCUGUUCUCCACCGAUGAUGAAGUCUAUUGAUCCUAUUCUCCACCGAUGAUGAAGUCUAUUGAUUCUAUUAUCCACUGAUACUUAAGCCAGUUAGGCACCGAUUUAGGCAGAUUUAUUUUCAGAUGCCAUUUUCAUAAUUUUUAGAGCGAUUUUUUUCGAAAAGCCAUUUUUCUUGGAUUUUCAAGACUAGACCACGCAAUCGUCCUGAGGCUAUUCUUCCUCAAUGAUUAAGUCCAUUAAGCACCGAUUUAGGAGGAUUUCUUCCGGUCCCAUUUUUGACAGAUUCCAAAGGAGUACCAUCCCAGAUUUAAAGUUAUUUUUUCGAAGUGUCAUUUUCUUCCAAUUUUGAAGGCUAGAGAUCACAGAUUCGGCCCAAGGUUGUUCUCCACCGAUGAUGAAGUCUAUUGAUUCUAUUCUCCAACAAAGCUUAAGCCGACUAGGCACCAAUUUGGGCGGAUUUAAUUUCGGAUGACAUUUUCAUAAAUUUUUGGGCAAUUUUCUUGGAUUUUGAAGGCUGCAUAUCACGGAAUCGGCUUCAGGCUAUUCUUCACCUUGAUUUAGUCCAUCAAGCACCGAUUUGGGCGGAUUUCUCCAGGGCCCAUUUUAGGCAGAUUCCAAAAGGGUACCAUCACAAAUUUCGGGUGAUUUUUCCGAAAUGUUAUUUUCUACCGAUUUUGAAGGUUAGAGAUCACGGAUUCGGCCCAUGGGUGUUCUCCAUCGAUGAUGAAGUCUAUUAUCCGAUUCUCCACCGAUGCUUAAGUCCGUUAGGCACCGAAUUGGGCAGAUUUAUCUUCAGAUUGCAUUUUCGCAAUUUUUUGGGUGAUUUUUUCGAAAUAUCAUUUUUCUUGGAUUUCGAAGGCUACAAAUCACGGAAUCACCCCGAGGCUAUUCUUCACCGAUGAUUAAGUUCAUCAAACAGCGAUUUGGGCGGAUUUCUUCCGUGCUCAUUUUUUACAUAUUCCAAAGGGGUACUAUCACAGAUUUCAGGUGAUUUUUCCGAAAUGUAAUUUUCUUCCGAUUUUGAAGGCUAGAGAUCACGGAUUCGGCCCAAGGGUGUUCUACACCGAUGAUGAAGUCUAUUGAUCUCAUUAUCCGCCGAUGCUUAAACCCGUUAGGCAACGAUUUGGACAGAUUUUAUUCGGAUGACAUUUUCAUAAUUUUUUGGGAGAUUUUUUGGGAAAGGCCAUUUUUCUUGGGUUUUGAAGGCUACAGAUAACGGAAUCGGUCUGAGGCUAUUCUUCACCGAAGAUUAAGUCCAUCAAGCACCGAUUAGGGAGGAUUUCUUGCAGGCCCAUUUUUGGCAGAUUCCAAAGGGGUACCAUCACAGCUUUCGGUUGAUUUUUCCGAAAUGUAAUUUUCUUCCGAUCUUGAAGGCUAGAGAUCACGGAUUCAGCCCAAGGCUAUUCUCCACUGAUGAUGAAGUCUAUUGAUCCUAUUAUCCAGCGAAGCUUAAGCCUGUUAGGCACCAAUUUGGGCGUAUUUAUUUUCGGAUGGUAUUUUCGUAAUUCUCUUGGCGAUUUUUUUUCUAAAGGUAAUUUUUCUUGAAUUUUGAAGGCUACAGAUCACUGAAUCGGCCUGAGGCUAUUCUUCACCGAUGAUUAAGUCCAUCAAGCACCGAUUUGGGUGGAUUUCUUCCGGACCCAUUUUUGGCAGAUUCCAAAAGGAUACCAUCACAGGUUUCGGUUGAUUUUUCCGAAAUGUCAUUUUCUUCUGUUUUUUAUGGCUAGUGAUCAUAGAUUCGGCCCAAGGCUGUUCUCCAACGAUGAUGAAGUCUAUUGAUCCUAUUCUCCACUGAUGCUUAAGCCCGCUAGGCACCAAUUUGGGCGGAUUUAUUUUCGGAUGUUUUUUGCGCUAUCUUUUUCGAAAGACUAAUUUUCUUAGAUUUUGAAGGCUACAGAUCAUGGAAUCGGCUUGGAGCUAUUCUUCACCGAUGAUUAAGUCCAUCAAGCUCCGAUUUGGGCGGAUUUCUUCCGGGCCCAUUUUUGGCAGAUUCCAAAGGUGUAUAAUCACAAAUUUCGGGUGAUUUUUCCGAAAUGUCAUUUUCUUUCGAUUUUGAAGGCUAGAGAUCACGGAAGCCCAAGGCUGUUCUCCACUGAUGAUGAAGUCUAUUGAUCCUAUUCUCCAGGGAAGCUUAAGCCCGUUAGGCACCGAUUUGAGCGGAUUUAAUUUCAGAUGGCAUUUUCGUAAAUUUUUGGGCAAUUUUUCCUAAAGGCAAUUUUUCUUUUGGAUUUUGAAGCUUACAGAUCUUGGAAUCGGUCUGAGUCUAUUCUUCACCGAUGAUUAAGUCCAUCAAGCACCGAUUUGGGCGGAUUUCUUCGAGGCCCAUUUUUGGCAUAUUACAAAGGGGUACCCAUCACAGAUUUCGGGUGAUUUUUCCGAAAUGUCAUUUUCUUCCGAUUUUGAAGGAUGGAGAUCACGAAUUCGGCCAAUGGCUGUUCUCCACCGAUGAUGAAGUCUAUUGAUCCUAUUCUCCACCGAUGCUUAAGCCCGUUAGCACCGAUAUGGGGAGAUUUAUUUUCAGAUGGUAUUUUCGUAAAUUUUUGGCAAUUUUUUUUGAAAGGUCAUUUUUCUUCUUUUUUCAAGGCUAUAGAUGACGGAAUCGGCCUGAGGCUAUUCUUCAUCAAUGAUUAAGUCCAACAAGCACUGAUUUGGGCGGAUUUCUUCUCGACCCAUCUUUGGCAGAUUCCAAAGUGGUACCAUCGUAGAUUGAAGGUUAUUUUUUUGAAAUGUCAUUUUCUUCCAAUUUUGAAGGCUAGAGAUCACGGAUUCGGCCCAAGGUUGUUCUCCAUAGAUGAUGAAGUCUAUUGAUUCUAUUCUCCAGCAAAGCUUAAGCCCGUUAGGCACCUAUUUGGGCGUAUUUAUUUAAAGAUGACAUUUUCGUAAUAUUUUGGGCAAUUUCUUUGAAAGCCAUUUUUCUCGGAUUUUGAAGGGUACAGAUCUCGUAAUUGGUCUGGGGCUAUUCUUCACCAUUGAUUAAGUCCAUCAAGCACCGAUUUAGACGAAUUUCAUCUGUGCCCAUUUUUGGCAGAUUCCAAAGGGAUACCAUUACAGAUUUCGGGUUAUUUUUUCGAAAUGUCAUUUUCUUACGAUUUUGAAGGCUAGAGAUCACAGAUUUGGCCUAAGGCUGUUCUCCGCCGAUGAUGAAGUCUAUUGAUCCUAUUAUCAACCGAUGCUUAUGCCCGUUAGGCACAAAUUUAGGCGUAUUUAUUUUUGGAUGACAUUUUGUAAUAUUUUGGGCAAUUUUUUUCGAAAGGCCAUUUUUCUUGGAGUUUGAAGGCUACAGAUCACGGAGUCGGCUUGGGACUAUUCUUCACCGAUGAUUAAGUCCAUUAAGCACUGAUUUCGGCGGAUUUCUUAAGGGGCCACUUUUGGCGGAUUCCAAAGGGGUACCAUCAUAGAUAUCGAGUGAUUUUUCUGAAAUGUCAUUUUCUUUCAAUUUUGAAGGCUAGAGAUCACGGAUUCGGCCCAAGGUCUGGGUCAAUUUUUUGCAGAUUCUAAAGAGUUACUAUGACAAAUUUCGGGCGAUUUUUCCGAAAUGCCAUUUUCUUUCGAUUCUGGAGGUUAAAGAUCACGAAAUCAGGUCGUGGCUAUUCUCCACUGAUAAAGAAGUCUAUUGAGCCUAUUCUCCAUUGAUGAUAAGCCCAUUAUGCACCGAUUUGGCCAAUUUAUUUUCAGAUGACAUUUUCGUAAUUAUUUGGGCUACGAAAGGCCAUUUUCUUUUAAUAUUGAAGGCUACAGAUCACAGAUUCGGCCUGAGGCUAUUCUUCAACGAUGAUUAAGUCUAUUAAGCACCGAUUUGGGCGGAUUUAUUCCUGGUCAAUUUUUGGCAGAUUCCCAAUGGCGGAUUUCAGGCGAUUUUUCAGAAUUGCCAUUUUCUUUCGAUUCUGCAGUCUAAAAAUCACGGAAUCAAGUCGAGGCUAUUCUCCACCGAAAAUGAAGGCUAAGUAUCCUAUUCUCCACGGAUGAUAAGCCCAUUAAGCACCGAUUUGGGCCAAUUUAUUUUCAGAUGACAUUUUUGUAAUUUUUUUGGGCGACGAAAUGCCAUUUUCUUUGGAUAUUGAAGGCUUAAGAUCACGGAUUCGGCCUGAGCCUAUUCUUCAACGAUGAUUAAGUCCAUUAAGGAGCGAUUUGGGCGGAUUUAUUUCACAUCAAUUUUUGGCAGAUUCCCAAGGGGUACCAUCACAGAUUUCGGGCGAUUAUUCCGAAAUGCUAUUUUCUAUCGAUUCCGGAGGCUAAAGAACACGGAAUCAGGCCGUGGCUAUUCUCCAUUGAUAAUGAAGUCUAAUGAUCCGAUUCUCCACGGAUGAUAAGCCCAUUAAGCACCAAUUUGUGCCAAUAUAUGUUUUGAUGGCAUUUUCAUAAUUUUUUGGGCGACGAACGAACAUUUUCAUCGGAUAUUGAAGGCUACAGAUGACGGAUUUGGCCUGAGGCUUUUUUCAACUAUGAUUAAGUCCAUUAAGCACCGAUUUGGGCGGAUUUAUUGGGGGUCAAUUUUGGGCAGAUUCCAAAGGGGGUACCAUCACAGAUUUCGGGCGAUUUUUCCGAAAUGUCAUUAUCUUUCGAUUCUGGAUGCUAAAGAUCACGGAAUCAGGCCGAGGCUAUUCUCCACCGAUAACGAAGUCUAUUGAUCCUAUUAUCCACGGAUGAUAAGCCCAUUAAGCACCGAUUUGAGCCAAUUAAUUUUCGUAUGGCAUUUUUGUAAUAUUUUUGGUCGACGAAAGGCCAUUUUCUUUGUAAUUGAAGGCUACAAAUCACGGAUUUUGCUUGAGGAUCUUCUUCAACGAUGACUAAGUACAUAAAGCAAAGAUUUUGGCGGAUUUAUUCUGGGUCAAUUUUUAGCAGAUUCCAAAGAGGGUACCAUCAUAGAUUUCAGGCAAUUUUUCCGAAAUGCCAUUAUCUUUCGAUUCUAGAGGCUAAAGAUCACGGUAUCAGGCCAAAGCUAUUCUCCAACGAUAAUGAAGUCUAUUGAUCCUAUUCUCCACAGAUUAUAAGCUAAUUAAGCAUCGAUUUGGGCCAAAUUUAUUUUCGGAUGACAUUUUCAUAAUAUUUUAGGCGACGAAAGACCAUUUUCAUUGGAUAUUGAAGGCUACAUAUCACGGAUUCGGCCUGAGGCUAUUCUUCAACGAUGAUUAAGUCCAUUAAGCACCGAUUUUGGCGGAUUUAUUCUGGGUCAAUUUUGGGCAGAUUCCAAAGGGGUACCAUCACAGAUUUCGGGCAAUUAUUGCAAAAUGUCAUUAUCUUGCGAUUUUGGAGGCUAAAGAUCACGGAAUUAGGCCGAGGCUAAUCUCCACCGAUAAUGGAGUCUAUUGAUACUAUUCUCCACGGAUGAUAAGCCCAUUAAGCAUUGAUUUGAGCUAAUUAAUUUUCGGAUGACAUUUUCGUAAUUUUUAUAGGCGACGAAAGGCCAUUUUCUUUCUAAUUGAAGGCUACAAAUCACGGUUUUUGCUUGAGGCUCUUCUUCAACGAUGACUAAGUCCAUUAAGCAAAGUUUUGGGCGGAUUUAUUCUGGGUGAAUUUUUAGCAGAUUCCAAAGGGGUACCAUCAUAGAUUUCAGGCGGUUUUUCCGAAAUACCAUUAUCUUUCGAUUCUAGAGGCUAAAGAUCACGGUAUCAGGCCAAAGCUAUUCUCCAACGAUAAUGAAGUCAAUUGAUCCUAUUCUCCAUGGAUGAUAAGCCCAUUAAGCACCGAUUUGGGCCAAUUUAUUUUCGGAUGGCAUUUUCGUAAUUUUUAUAGGCGGCGAAAUGCCAUUUUCUUUGGAUAUUGAAGGCUAAAGAUCUCGGAUUCGCCCUGAACAUAUUCUUCAACGAUGAUAAAGUCCAUUAAGCACCGAUUUGGGCGGAUUUAUUUCUGGUCAAUUUUUGGCAGAUUCCCAAGGGCAUAACAGAUUUCGGGCGAUUAUUUCGAAAUGCUAUUUUCUAUCGAUUUUGGAGGCUAAAGAUCACGGAAUCAGGCCGUGGCUAUUCUCCACUGAUAAUGAAGUCUAUUGAUCCGAUUCUCCACGGAUGAUAAGCCCAUUAAGCACCGAUUUGGGCCAAUUUAUUUUUGGAUGACAUUUUCGUAAUUCUUUGGGCGACGAAAGGAUAUUUUCUUCGGAUAUUGAAGGCUACAGAUCACGGAUCGGCCUGAGGCUAUUCUUCAACGAUGAUUAAGUCCAUUAAGCACCAAUUUGGACGGAUUUAUUCCGUGUCAAUUUUUGGCAUAUUCCAAAGGGGGUACCAUCACAGAUUUCAGGCGAUUUCUCCAAAAUGCCAUUUUCUUUCGAUUCUGGAGGCUAAAGAUCAAAGAAUCAGGCCGGGGCUAUUCUCUACCGAUAAUGAUGUUUAUUGAUCCUAUUUUCCACGGAUGAUAAGCCCAUUAAGCAUCGAUUUGGGCCAAUUUAUUUUCGGAUGCAUUUUUGUAAUUUUUUUGGGCAACGAAAGGCCAUUUUUCUUUGGAUAUUGAAGGCUACAAAUCACGCAUUCUGCUUCAGGCUAUUCUUCAACGAUGACUAAGUCCAUUAAGCAACGAUUUGGGAGGAUUUAUUCCAGGUCAAUUUUUAGCAGAUUCCAAAGGGGUACCAUUGUAGAUUUCAGGCGGUUUUUCCGAAAUGCCAUUUUCUUUCGAUUCUAGAGGUUAAAGAUCACGGAAUCAGACCGAGGCUAUUCUCCACCGAUAAUGAAGUCUAUUGAUCCUAUUCUCCCCCGGAUUAUAAGCUAAUUAAGCACCGAAUUUGGCAAAUUUAUUAUCGAAUGACAUUUUCGUAAUUUUUUGGGCGACGAAAGACCAUUUUCCUUGGAUAUUGAAUGCUACAGAUCACGGAUUCGGCCUGAGGCUCUUCUUCAACGAUGAUUAAGUCCAUUAAGCACCAAUUUGGAUGGAUUUAUUAUGGGUCAAUUUUUGGCAGAUUCGAAAGGUGUACCAUCACAUAUUUCAGACUAUUUUUCCGAAAUGCCAUUUUUUUCGAUUCUGGAGGCUAAAGAUCACGGAAUAAUGCCGAGGCUAUCCUCCACAGAUAUUGAAGUCUAUUAAUCCUAUUCUCCAUGGAUGAUAAACCCAUUAAGCACCGAUUUGGGCCGAUUUAAUUUCUGAUGUCAUUUUUAAAUUUUUUUUGGGCGACGAAAUCUCAUUUUAUUUGGAUAUUGAAGGCUAAAGAUCACAGAUUCGACCUGAGCCUAUUCUUCAACGACGAUUAAGUCCAUUAAGGAGCUAUUUGGGAGGAUUUAUUCCGGGUCAAUUUUUGGCAGAUUCUUAAGGGGUACUAUCACAGAUUUCGGGCGAUUAUUCCGAAAUGCUAUUUUCUAUCAAUUCUGGAGGCUAAAGAUCAUGGAAUCAGGCAGUGGUUAUUCUCCACUGAUAAUGAAGUCUAUUGAUCCGAUUCUCCACGGAUGAUAAGCCCAUUAAGCACCAAUUUGUGCCAAUAUAUUUUUGGAUGGCAUUUUUGUAAUUUUUUGGGCGACAAAAGAACAUUUUCUUCGGAUAUUGAAGGCUACUUAUCACGGAUUCGGCCUGAGGCUAUUCUUCAAUGAUGAUUAAGUACAUUAAGAAACGAUAUGGACGGAUUGAUUCGGGUCAAUUUUUGGCAGAUUCCAAAGGGGCACCAUCACAGAUUUUAGGCGAUUUUUCCGAAAUGCCAUUUUCUUUCGAUUUUGGAGGCUAAAGAUCAUGGAAUAAUGCCGAUGCUAUUCUCCACCGAUAUUGAAGUCUAUUAAUCCAAUUCUCCAUCGAUGAUAAGCCCAUUAAGCAUCGAUUUGGGCCAAUUUAUUUUCGGAUAGCAUUUUCGUAAUUUUUUUGGGAGACGAAAUGCCAUUUUCUUUGGAUAUUGAAGGCUACAGAUCACGGAUUCGGGCUGAGACUAUUCUUCAACGUUUAUAAAGUCCACUAAGCACCGAUUUUGGCAGAUUUAUUCCAGGUAAAUUUUUGGCAGAUUUCAAAGGGGUACAUCACAAAUUUUGGCCAAUUUUUUUGAAAUGCCAUUUUCUUUCGAUUCUAGAGGCUAAAGAUCACGGAAUCAGGCUGAGGCUAUUCUCCACCGAUAAUGAAGUCUAUUGAUCCUAUUUUCCACGGAUGAUAAGCCAAUUAAGCACCGAUUUGGGCUUAUUUAUUUUCGGUUGACAUUUUCGUAAUUUUUUGGGCGGCGAAAGGCCAUUUUCUUUGGAUAUUGAAGGCUACAAAUCACGUAUUCGGCCAGAGGCUAUUUUUCAACGAUGAUUAUGUCCAUUAAGCACCGAUUUGGAGAGAUUUAUUCCGGGUCGAUUUUUGGUAGAUUUCACAGGGGUAUCAUCACAGAUUUCGGGCGAUUUUUCCGAAAUGUCAUUUUCUUUCGAUUCUGGAGGCUAAAGAUCAAAUCAGGCUGAUUUUAUUCUCCACCGAUAAUGAAGUAUAUUGAUCCUGUUCUCCACGGAAGAUAAACAAAUCAAAUAUCGAUUUGGGCCAAUUUAUUUUCGGAUGGCAUUUUCGUAAUUUUUUGGGCGACGAAAGGCCUUUUUCUUUGGAUAUUGAAGGCGACAGAUCACGGAUUCGCCCUGCGACUAUUCUUCAACGAUGAUUAAGUCCAUUAAGCACCGAUUUCGGCGGAUUUAUUCUAGGUGUAUUUUGACAGAUUCCAUUGGUAUACCAUCACAGAUUUCGGGCGAUUUUUUUGAAAUGUCAUUUUCUUUUGAUUUUGGAGGCUAAAGAUCACGGAAUCAUGCCAAGGCUAUUCUCCUCCGAUAAUGAAGUCUAUUGAUCCUAUUCUCCAUGGAUGAUAAGCCAAUUAAGCACCGAUUUGGUACAAUUUAUUUUCGGAUGGCAUAUUCGUAAUUAUUUGGCGAAGAAAGGCCAUUUUCUUUUGAUAUUGAAGACUACAGAUCACGAAUUCGGCCUGAGGCCAUUCUUCAGCGAUGACUAAGUCCAUUAAGCAUCUAUUUUUGAAGAUUUAUUCCGGUAAAUUUUUGGUUGGUUCCAAAGGGGUACCGUCACAGAUUUCGGGCGAUUUUUCCGAAAUGCCAUUUUCUUUCGAUUCUGGAAGCUAAAGAUCACGAAAUCAGGUCGAGGCUAUUCUCCACCGAUAAUGAAGUCUAUUGAUUCUAUUCUCCACGGAUGAUAAGCCUAUUAAGCACCGUUUUGGGCCAAUUUAUUUUUGGAUGGCAUUUCCGUAAUAUUUUGUAUGAUGAAAGGCCAUUUUCAUUGGAUAUUGAAGGCUUCAGAUCACUGAUUCGAUCUGAGGCUAUUCUUCAACGAUGAUUAAGUCCAUUAAGCACCUAUUUGGGCGAAUUUAUGCCGGGUCAAUUUUUGGCAGAUUCCAAAGGGGUACCAUCACUGAUUUCAGGAGAUUUUUCCGAAAUGCCAUAUUCUUUCGAUUCUGGAGGCUAAAGAUCACGAAAUUAGCCGAGGCUAUUCUCCACCGAUAAUGAAGUCUAUUGAUCCUA